AAAAAAAAAAAACAACAAAAAAGAUGAGGAUGUGGUUAUGCCAUUUACUAAGAGCACUGGUAGGGUAUGGUCUAUAAGCAAAUCCUGUCAUGCUCUACAGAACAACUUGGACUGAAGCAAUGCUGCUGAUCUGCUUGCUGGGUUCAGUUGUCUGAAACAAUCCUAGAGCUGCAGGCAAUUCCUUCAAGAAACCCCUACAAGAUGGAGGAAUUUUCUUCAGAAGACUAGAAAAGAGAAAACCUGGUGCCUGUCUCUUAAGAAAGUGGAAAAGGAGGAGACCACUAAACCUGGCUUCAGCAUUUGGGUAACUAUUGGAAUCACCCACUGAAGAAUCUGUUUGCAAGCACCCAGAAGACAAUGCAGCGGGGAGAAAUGUCCAACAGCAGCGAGGAAUGCAACUUCGCAGACAUUGACAGAUUAGCAAAGACCCUGCUGCUGGGGAUCUCCAUCCCCACCUUCAUUCUUGGGCUGGUUCUCAAUGCCAUGGCUCUCUCUGUGUUCUGCUGCUUUUGGAAGAAACAAACCAAAACUUCAGUGUACAUGAUCAAUCUCGCACUUGCAGAUGUAUUGCUGCUUCUCUCGCUCCCACUCAAGCUGUACUACUCUAUCCAGAAAGCACCCAGACUCCUGUGCUCAUUCAUAGAGUCUCUCUAUUUUGUCAACAUGUAUGGCAGUAUCUUCAUAAUCGUCUGCAUUACCGUCGACAGAUAUAUCUGCAUAAGGCACCCAUUUGAAGGUCGAGCUAACCAAUCCCCGAAAUGGGCUAUCUUGAUUUGCUGCUUUAUCUGGGCAGUAGCCUGGCUUUGCAGCACCCCAAUGUAUGUGUUUCAUGAGGAAGAUAAUUUUAAGUGCUUUCACAACAUGUCAGAACAGGCAUGGAGCACCCCCCUCAUUGUUUCUGUAGAAAUCUUUGGAUUUCUGAUCCCACUUGUAGUGAUUGUUUUCUGCUCUGCCCAAAACAUCUGGAUUCUUCUGAAUUACAAAAGUCAAGCUAAAAAAAAGGUAGAAAGCAAUGGCUCCUUACGAGUCAUUAUCAUCAACCUCGUGGUGUUUUUGGUGUGCUUCACACCUGUCCACCUUGCAAUUUGCCUGCAGUACCUGGUAAGACAGCACGUGAUAGUGGACUGCAGUCUGAAACAAACCAUCAGCUUCUUCAUUCAGGUGUCAAUGAUAAUAGCCAACCUCAACUGCUGCCUGGACGCCAUCUUUUAUUACCUUGCUGCAAAGGAAUUCCGUGAGAAGACACACCUGAAAAAGGUGAUUGAACUGUGUCCUGUUUUUAAGCCUUGUGCCACAUGAUGAGACUGCCAGCA